AUGGAUGACGAUGAUGCCGAUUACAUGCAAGGCUCCGAGGAUGAGGACUACGGCUUCGACUACUCCGACGACCCCGGUGACGAGACUGGCAGCGCAGAUGUUGAGAACUUGUACUACACCGCCAAGUCCAAAAAGGAGGACAAUCCCGAACAAGCUUUGAAGGAGUUCCGUGCUAUCGUUGAUCAAGAACAGGAGAAAGGAGACUGGGGCUUCAAGGCGUUGAAGCAGUCCACAAAGCUGCUCUUUCUAGUACUACACAGGCCAGCCGAGGCCAUCAAGACCUAUACUGAGCUGUUGGGCUAUACAAAGUCUGCUGUGACUCGCAACUAUGCCGAGAAGACCAUAAACAGCAUCUUGGAUUACGUCGGCGGUGGUAAGAGUGGUCCCGUGGAAGUCAAUGUCCUUGAGCGUUUCUACGAGGCAACUAAGGCUGCUCUUGCGGAAGCCAAGAACGACAGGUUGUCCGCGAAGACCAAUCUGAAACUUGCGAAGCUGUGGCUCGACCGCAAGGAAUAUAACCGACUGUCGAAGAUCCUCAAGGAGUUGUACACAUCCACCAUUGGUGAGAGCGGUGAAGACCAAGCGCAGAAAGGUACCCAGCUGCUUGAGAUCUACGCGCUUGAAAUUCAAAUGCACAAUGAGCGCAAGAACUAUAAGAAAUUGAAGGAAAUAUACAACGCAUCCAAUGCCGUGCGGUCCGCAAUUCCCCAUCCACGCAUCCUGGGCGUGAUCAAGGAGUGUGGCGGCAAGAUGUGGAUGGGCGAACGGCAAUGGAAUCGUGCAAGCGAAGACUUCUUCGAUUCAUUCAAGAACUACGACGAAGCCGGGUCUCCUCAACGGAUACAGGUCCUCAAGUACCUCGUACUUGCAAACAUGUUGACGGGAAGCGAGGUCAAUCCGUUCGACAGUCAGGAGACCAAGCCGUACAAGAACGACCCACAGAUCAAGGCCAUGACCGACCUCGUCGAUGCAUACCAGCGACGUGAGGUCCAUGCCGCAGAGAAGAUCCUCCGAGACAACAAGGCGACAAUCAUGGACGAUUCGUUCAUCAAGUCGUACAUCGGCGAGCUGCUCCGAAGUCUACGAACACAGUAUCUCAUCGACCUGAUCAAGCCGUACACUCGUCUCGAGCUAGCGUUCCUGUCCAAGCAACUGAAUGUAGACACUGACGAAGUCGAAGAACUUCUGAUUGGCCUAAUACUCGAAGGCAAAAUAGAGGGUCGGAUCGACCAAGUCGCAAUGCGCCUCGAGCUCGAGUCACAGCACAGCCUGCAAAGGAAGCGCUACAGCGCGUUGGACAAGUGGACAGCAGCGCUCGAAUCUAUACACACCACCGUCAUCGGCAAGAACCACAGCGGCGCUCGAGGAGAUUAUGGAUUUGGUAUGGGCGAUGGAUUCGGUUCAGGAUCGGACCGGUGGUAG